AUGGCGUCCAGCUUUGACUCGCAAUGCAGUUUACUGGGCUCCAUGGCCCUCGUGUUUACAGGAGCCCCGAAAGUACUUGCUCAAACACAUUAUCUGGUCGUGGGUGGAGGCCCUGCAGGCUAUGUGGUCGCAGAACAACUUUCACAGAAUCCUCAAGUCAAUGUCACACUUCUUGAGGCGGGGCCAGACUGCCAAAGUGACGACAAUGUCAACACACCUGGCAAUCUGAUGCAUGUCGGGAACUUGAUGUUCCAGUACAACUCGCAGCCAGAUGACAACCUCGGUGGUUUGACACCUAAUCUCUGGCAAGGGCGGGCUUUGGGUGGUGGCGCUGCUGUAAACGCCACGGGUUACUGCCGUGGUUCGGCUUCAGUCUUUGACGAGUGGGCAGCCAUCUCUGGCAAUCCAGGUCUUGCUUGGAGUUCUAUCUUGGACGACUACAGAGCAACCACCCAUUAUACCCAACAACCAGCCAACUAUGAUAAACCCAUCGACUCUAUAAGCGCAUUUGAGAAUGGGCCAAUCGAGUUGAGCCGGCAGAGCGGUCUGGCAGGAAUGGAACUGCCAUUUGCGCACGCCUGGCAGAACCAGGCCAAUCUCUCCAUGAUGGACGCCAUGAAUGGCGAGGGCAUUGGUGUUUAUCUGGGCCUACAAUCGAUCCGGGCCAACAACCGCACACAGUCUUACCCGCCGAGCACGUACGGCAUGAUGAUGGCCGAACGUCCCAACGUACAGGUCCUUGCGAACCAUUGGGUACAGCGCAUCGGAUUCUCAACCACCAGGGCCACCGGCGUGAAGUUUGUAGACACACUGACUGGCAUGGAAUCCACUAUGGAUGCAGAUGAAAUCGUUCUCGCCACAGGAGCCCUCAACAGCCCCAAAUUGCUCAUGCAGUCUGGCGUAGGACCGGCUAGCACGCUCGAAGACCUCGACAUCCCCGUCGUAGCCGACAUGCAAGACAUCGGCGCUCAGCUCUGGGACCAUCGUUAUUCUUACAUUGAGUGGCAGAUGACAGAUGACGUAAUGACGAACUGGAAAUGGCAGAGUAAUGCGAGUCUCAUGGCCGAAGUGCAGAGACAAUAUCGAGCGAACUACUCCGGGCCGAUGGGCUGGAACAACGCGGCGCCAUCAUACGCUGCAUUGCGCAUUCCAGAUUCGGCUUUUGCAGGGGUCAACAGUAGUUUCUUUCAGCAGCUUGAUCCGGACAGACCACACGUUCUCUUCCAGGCUGGAGCGUAUGCUUUCAACGCAUCACUGGCGCCAAAUCCAAAUGUCAGCAUGGUAUCGACAUGGGCGUCGGUGACGCAGCCCGAGGCAGCCGGGUACCUGACCAUCAACCCUUCCGACUACCGCGAGGCACCGCUCAUCUCUAGCUACAGCAACUACUACGGAUCUCCCGCCGACAAAGCAGCCAUCUUGUACGCAUACAAAAUGAUGCGCUCUGUGCUGGCGGCUGAACGGGAAUUUGCAGACAAGGCGGUCAUGGAGGCCUUCCCCGGCUCAAACUCGACGUCCGACGACCAGCUCUGGCAAGCCAUACAGAGGAGCGCCUCUUCGUUUCACCACCCCGUGGGGACUGUGCCACUGGGCAAGGUCGUCGAUGCCAACUGGCGCAUCAAAGGCCUGGACGGCAUCCGCGUGGUUGACUCCAGCGCCAUCCCGACGUUGCCCACGUGCCAUCCCAUGUCUCAUGUGUAUGCUGUCGCCCACCGAGCUGCAAUGGAUAUCAAACAUGCGGAUGGAAUAUGA